CCUACGUUCGAUGUGGUGUCAUAGUGAAAUAGUGAAUUACUCUCAGUCGUUUUAUCGUAAAAUAAUUAAUAACUUUUAAUAAUGUAUAUAUUUUACAUUUAUUUUAAUCAGUAUGUGCUUCUGUGCUAGAUAUGUGUCCGUGCAGUGUUGUUGUUUUUUAAGUGCUUAGUGGUGAAAUUUUGGUCAGUAUGAACUGCCACCAAGUAUUAAGUGGCGCCUGUAAUUCAGGAGAUCAAUGUUUUGCUGUUGGUUCUGUUGAAGGAAUACCUUUUACAGCUUAUGCAGCAGGAUGCAACAUCGUAAUAUUAGCAUCAAACUUCGAGCGUGUUCAGAUCAUACCGGGUGCUAUACAUGGCUAUGUUCGGAUCGGCUCUUUGGACUGCAGUACAGACACAGGGAAGAUUGCUGCUGCAUAUGGGGCUGAAGUGUGCAUAUUUGAACCAACACCUUUAAUACACUCUGCUGCAACUACACAUGGCUUGGAGUAUCGCUGGGUGCAAACGGGCAAGUUGGUCGCCGACGGGCCCAUCACGGCCUUGUCGUGGAACCUUGAAGGAACGAGGCUACUCACGGGCGGAAAGAUCUUGCAGCUGUGGCAUCAGGCGUCGCUCUAUCAGGAUGAUAGUCAACCGAGUUCCGGCGUGACAUUCCAAAUUGGCGGUGACAAAGAUGAAAAACCUAAACAGCCUGAAGAGGAAGAACCGGGAUGGAUAUGCGUCUGGAAAUGUCAUACGGCGACUCCUGCGCACCACCUGGCCUUCUCUCCCGACGGGGUACUGUUCGCUACGUCAGGUGUCAACGACCGACUUGUCAAGAUUUGGUACCAAAACAAAGUAUUGGUUCAAGCGCACAUGGAGCACUCGCCGACGGAACUGAACUACACAUUCAUAUACGUGGCGCACCCGCGGGCUGUCACCCAUCUCUCAUGGCGAAAAACCAGCAAAUACAUGCCCAAAGGCAGCGUGGGCAACGUCCUAGUAACAUCAUGCGUGGACAACAUCUGUCGAGUGUGGGCCGAGACCCUCCUACCAGAGGACGAGUGGGGGGGAGGGCUGGUGACGUCACACGCGCGCUCGCCGCCGCGCCGACAACGCGCGACGCACCGCCACAAGCACCGCUUUAUGUUGCGGCUCAAACACAUGAAAACAUGUUUCCACAUCAGACGGAACGCGCAGUCAAACAAACAGCCGGGCGCGCCUAUCCCGACGCUGCCUUCUACGUACAGCGCACACGACUUUCACAACCCUUACCACGCUAGUUCCUACACUGGAGGUCUUCACUUCCACCUAUCGGCGUCAAUUAACGCGGAGACGGACAUUCCCCUAGUUCCUUCACUAGCCGGCGGAGGGCGGUUCAUACUCCACUGGCUGCAUAAUAAAGAGAUGCACUUCACCAGCCAAGCUGAAGCUAUCCUACACGAUUUAACUAAGAAAAUUUUGGACAAAGAGGAGACUGAAGAAGGAGGAUCAGCUUCAGAGCAAAACACUCAUCCGGACGGAGAAAACGACACGAGACAUAGGCGGCCAAGCCACCAUCUAAUUAAAACCCAAUCUGAGGACAACAGCAACAGUGACGAACAACCAGGUAGCGGUAACCACAGCCACCCAAGCCUGUCGAACACGACGUCCAUCAACUCUAUAGCUACGGACGUGACGUGCACCCACCUGCCGGACUCGCUGGACGCCAAGAUUGACUCCCUCCUCCGCGACUGGUACCAGAGCCCAGACCUCUUGUUCUCAAUACACCCUGUUGACGGCAGCUUCCUUAUAUGGGUAUGCGAAUGGUUGGACGAGCUCCAAGCGGGCGCAUUACGCCAAGCGCAAGUGUCAUUCUCUGCGCGAAUCCCAGCAGCAUUCCCACUGGGGGACGCCACCACGAUGUGCACACCGGCGGCGCUGUACCACGCGGCCGCGCAGCCCUUGUAUGUGCGGCAUCGGACCAAGCCUGUCGUACCUGCUGGUCAACAACCACCAAGCGAAGUGGUGACGACACCACUAGCCAGUGUUCAAGAGGAAAAAGAAGAGACAGAAUGGCCCCAAAAUGAAGAGCAGAAGGAGCCCCAACAAAACGUUUCACACAGGCACAGAAGACGAGGCCGGGAAGAAAACAACAAUGAAACGCAGAGAAAGAUGAGUGUGGCUGCGGAAGAGUUGGGCGAAAAUCAGGAAGGAGACGUGUUAGACUCGGCGCCAGUCAUCUCCAUGGUCACCAACCACACCAACGGCACGCUCAACCUGUGGCAGCUGACCUUCGAUGACAAAUCCAAGUUCUCGCAGGUACUAUCUAUAGGCCAUGCGUCAAGAGCGUCAGGCCAUAGGUUUAGAGUGAAUGACAUCACAUGCCAUCCAGUAUUACCUCUUUUACUCACAACUAGCCAUCAUAAUAUUUCUGAUAGUUCAAGAGACGCCACCAAGGAAGCGGACACGGCCGCGGGAGGACUAUGUUCGGAGCUCAUCAUGUGGCGGGUGGAAUGUGUUGGACCUCUAGGAAAGUCUGGCGGGGUUUCCGAACUGGCCCGAGUGAAUUCCCCACAUUUGUCCGCAUUUAGCAACGUCGCGUGGUUACCUACGUUGUUGCCUAGCACGACUCUGGGAAACCUGUCAAAUUCACCGUCGGCGUGUUUCGUGGCGAGCGACGGUGAAAGCCUCAGAGUGUUCCAAGCUGUGAUCGAUGCCAGAACACUGUUAGCUGAGAUAGCGACAUCUGAACGACGACACAAUGAUGUACUGCAACAACACGACACAAUGUCAAUGUCCUCCGAGUCAACAUUAGAAGAAGGUGGCGGAGUUCCACUCCACGAUCGGAUAAAGAUAGUGUCUCAGCAAUCGACAGCUCGACCCGGCGCCAUCAUACAACUCCACGCGAUCGCAGACGCGACACACGACUGGCACAACACGCAGUUGUUACACGUCUUUCAAGAACAACUCAUCACUGGUGAACGCACAUCAACAGACACAUCGAACGCAAACCAAAGCGGGGACAAUUCAGACGUGAACACAAUCACGGAAGCUGGUCUUGAAGCUAUAGUCGACCUUCGGAAAGCGGCCGUGUUCAAUGAGCCUUUCUAUAUAGUCGUGUUAGAGAGGACUGACGGAGGCUCCACUGUCCAUAUGUGGAGGCUCACUGUGUCAUCUCAAGCUGAUCCUAAUGAGGACUUGACAAACAGCAUGAUGUACGUGCCAGACAGCGCCUUAGUACAAGAAGAGGAAGGAUCAGAAUCCCGUAAAAACUCAGUGUCUAUGGACCAGGAUCGAGCACCACCGCCACCCCCUGCGCAUUCUUACUUAGCCAUUACUACCAAGAAAGUGUGUGAGUGCCCACUGUCGUUGCCGGACGGCGUUGACGUAAUCCACGCGACUCCGGCCGCCGGCCAUCUUAGUUCCGCCUCCAUCUACCCUGCUUGCCUUGCUCCGUAUAUAAUGGCCACCGCUUGUACCGACAACACAUUACGGUUUUGGAAAUGUAACGUUACGAAGAAAGACGACGAAGAAUUUGAUUACACGUGGAAAGAAUGGGAAAUGAUGAAUAAAGAUCAAGAAUCUACUAUAGAUACACCAGGUCAACCUCUACACAUUAGCGCGGCGUACUCCGGCAGAAUCGCUUGCGCGUACAAAUGCGGCAAAUCCUUCACUAGGCCCAAAGGCACUAGUACUAGUACCAAUGAUGCGCGCUUUGUUAACCUUUGCGUUUGUGUGUAUGAGUGUGAAAGUACCGGUGGGGCCGAAUGGCUGUUGGAGGACACGAUACCACUGAGGAAUGUAAGCCUGCCGAGGGUGGGAGUAUGCACAGACACGCAGAUUGACCUGUCUUACCUACACGACACCUCUUUCAUGCAGAAGAAGCAGAGGCUAACACAGGUCCUGCAAACCCUCUCAUCGGAAGAGCGAAGCAACAGCCGCAACGGCGAAGCCGACACAGGGAAAUCUGCGGGUUUGCUCGCAGUCCCAUCAUUCAGCACGCUGCAAUCCCUCAGAAAAAGUAUUAUGGAAAACGGGAACACCUGUCCUUUGACCCAGAAACAUCUUGUCCAGUUGGACUGGGUGUCUAAAGAAGAUGGAAGCCAUAUCUUGACUGUAGCAGUUGGAUCCAGAGUCCUAUUGUUCACGCCUGUUUCAAGCGACCUCGCUCAGGCUAACUUGAAAGCCAUGAAAGAAUCGAUAAACAACAACCGUCCAAUCCUCCGCAAAGCUUCAUCGCUUGCCGCGCCAUUGUUCGUGGAAGAGAUCCGCUGGAUGCAACUCCGUCGCAUUGAGCUGAAGACUGCGGAUGGGUUGCCGCCGUUGCCCAUGCAGAUAUCGUGGGUCCGAGACGGGAUACUAGUGGUUGGGAUGGAUUCUGAGAUGCACGUGUACUCGCAGUGGAAGCCGGAGAAUACUAACACGCCGCAAGGGCUUCUAGCUGGCCAGGAACUAGACGAAGGAGGUGAAUCUCGAGCGCUGCGCGACUCAGACUUGCGAGUGUCGGCGCCGCACCUGCAGCGGGUGUCGUCCAUCAACCUGCAGCUGCUGGAGCGCAACGCCAUGAGGCGCAACAAGUCACAGCCCGAUCAACCCCAGCCACUAUUGGACUACAUGCCCGACUAUGGGUUGUUCGAAGCGUCGCAGAUGGCGUGUCCAGUGUUACCGCAGUACCAUCCCAAGCAGCUGAUGGAGUUGUUGAACAGCGGCAAGAUCAGAUGGGUGAAGGCUAUCCUAGCUCAUCUUGUCAGAUGUAUAGGUGGUACGUACACUGGUAGAAGUUCACAAGGUGACGAAGACAGUUUAUCGAGACAGCGCGGCUGGUCGCGCUCGCGAACGCUGUCCGUGUCGUUCGCCGCCGGCGCCGCCUCGCCGCUAGAUGGCAUUGCACAGAUAUCUGAGGACGUGCAGUUAGACUAUGCGGAAAUAACAUCAGUGCCGCCACUUCCGCUGUGGACUCUGCUUGUUGCUGACAAGGAGUCGCCGCACCAUCCUUCCACAAUGCAGGAAGCUAAAGACUACAACGACCUUUUCGAAGGAACGAUGGACACAGACGAAGAUUUAGAUGCUCUAUUACUUGGUGAGGAGGAGGGCGUUAACCGCCGACCUUCCAUGCCGGAAAGACAACCACUCUCACACUUUGGCCCCAGACAAGGUCGAAUUCUAUCGCGCCUUCUCACUCACACCCACUUACCGGGUCUAAGUUCGUUAGACCAGAUGCAUUUACUGGCGUUAGCUGACACUGUGUCCACGUGCGACGCGGACUUUGCGGAGAGAUUCGCCACCAACGCUAGAGCAGACGUCGCGCAAGCUACCAGCCAGGAGAUCUUGCCAGAUUCUCUCGACGACUGCGGCCUGCGUUUCCUCCUAGCAAUGAAACACUACGGUUACCUCCUCCGAUGCUUACCGUUGGCCCAAAGGGCGGCCUUACAGAGGUCAGGAGUAGGCACCUGCAAUCUGGUGUGGGCCUUCCAUUCGGAAACCCACGACCAACUGCUGCAGUUGGUACCGGGUUACGCUAAGGGACAACCCAAAUGGGCCACUAUGAGGGAACUUGGCGUGGGCUGGUGGAUCCGAGGUGAUCUGUUGAAAACUUGCGUGGAGAAGCUGGCCCGAGCCGCGUACAUGCAGAAACAGGAUCCUCUAGACGCGGCACUAUACUACCUCGCUAUGAAGAAACGCAUGUUGCUCUGGGGUUUAUUCCGCUCCAACAGAAACGAGAGAAUGACUACGUUCUUCGCGAACGACUUCACGGAAGACAGAUGGCGGAAGGCGGCUCUAACGAACGCGUACGUGUUGCUCGGCAAGCAGCGCUUCGAGCACGCGGCCGCCUUCUUCUUGCUCGGCGGCGCUCUCAAAGAUGCUCUCGAGGUAUUAAUAACACGGUUAGGAGACCUACAGCUGGCGAUGGUCGUCGCGCGGUUAUACGAAUCUGACAGUACGCUACCGGACAGCUUGAGAAAGUUGCUCAUGGACGAAAUUCUGGGAGGCGAGAUAGAAGACGGCGAGAUAAUCCUAGAGCGCGCGCACCCUGAUCCAUUCGUACGCUCCAUGGCUCUCUGGGAGUUGAAGCGCUAUGGGGACGCUCUGGACACUCUUCUAAGCCCCGGCGGAAGAUUACACGCGGCCAGAGAUAACGAACCCACGCCCAGUGUGUUCAACUUCUAUGUGUAUCUGAGGACACAUCCUAGGCUGAAGCGACAUAACAUGCCCACACAGGGCGGAACUCUAGCCUUACUACAACAAGAGCCAGAAGAGGGUAUAACCCGAUUGGAACGUCGUCUUUACUUCCAAACUGCGAACGGGCACUUCAAGGCGGGUUGCCCAGCGCUGGCCUUGGAGGUCCUCUCCAAGUUGCCCAGCAGGAUCCGCGACGAGAAGGCAAAGAACCCCGUGUCUUCGGCUUCUGGAGACGAAGCGUUCAUCCACACGGGACACCUGGUCGACGAAGCUAAAAAAAAAGAAGAAUCUCUGGAUUGGAACUCGUCAUCGGCCGACAUGGACUGGGGCGCGCCGGUCAGCUCCGCUAAGAACGAUGAGCUCGUGCUGACCUGGGAUGACGAUGAUGAUGAUAAAGGUUCUGGUGGUUCAGGCGCAUCCACGCCGCCUCUAGGUAUGAAACUAGACAACAAAGAGGAGCCUCUAGUUAACGGAGAAGUGGAGAAGAGUCCCGGCUCGGAAGAGGCGCCGCCAGUGGACAUCAUGGCGCAACAGCUCAAAUUUGUCGCGUGUCUCAAGAUUCUCAUGGAGGAAUUGAGUACUCUGGCCACAGGGUUCGAAGUCGAUGGUGGCCAUCUUCGUUACCAAUUAUACAUCUGGUUGGAGCGCGAGGUAGAAGCCUUACGUCGUCUGUGCGGGUACAGCGCGGGCGCGGCGGGCGGCGGCGAGCUGAUCUGCGCAGACGCAGAGCCGCCGCCGCUGCCCGACAGACCGACGCUGCACCAGCUGCUCAUUAGAGAGAAGGCAGACUUCGAGGCGAAGGUGCAGAGAGCUGUCAGGCGUAAGAAGUGGCUCAAAGCUAACGAGACGCUCCUCCGAACCUUACUCUCGUACUGUUCACUCCACGGCGCUGGCGGUGGAGGGCUGGCCUCAGUUCGGAUGGAACUAGUGCUGUUGUUACAAGAGCUGGGUCAAGACAAGCAACACCAACAGUUGCUGUCGCCACUCCCCUUCCCCACAACUCUGCCGUUGCUGGCGGCUGCUGUGGCUACCAAUAAUACCGUGGUUGCUGAUCCUGUUAGACAUUUGCAGUCGGUGGCGCACGACAUGUUGGGCACGAUCGGCGAGUUGGGCAUCCCCGGCGGCUCAGCCACGCGGCUGCUGCACACGCUGCGGGAGCUGGCGGUCGCGCUGUCGGCCUGCAUCUACCAGAGUCUGUGCGACUCCGACACCUUCAGCUUGAAGCACACGCAUCAUCACGACGGUAUCAUAGCAGAGACUCCAGGCACAAGCCAUUUACUUGCACGAAGACGUCAUUCCACUGAAGAAUUAGUAGUUACCACACCUCCGAAUAAAUGGCCGGGAGUAUCGGCAUUGCGCGGGCUCGCCGUCCGCGCGGCUGAGGAAGAAGACGCACCAAGACUAGCUGUCCUGUUAGCCGAAGCGUUCUGUGCUGUGUAUUUAGCUUUACUUGGCUGGGCAUUGGCAGCGAGGGACGCGCAUUUACUGUACAGGUUGGCCGCCCACGAGCCGGAACAAAGAGCCCAUGCUAAGUUGUUUGGUGGUGGAGUGAGGAGAUUAUUGACUACCGCACCAGCGCCUCCACAGCCCAAGCUAGUAGAACGAACUGAAGGCACAUCAGUGUGGUCGUCGCUUCGUGAGAAAAGGGCUUUGCUCAACAUGCGUCUACUCGGUCUCGGCCCCACGGCCCCGCACAAUAAGAACAUACAGGAAGGAAGGCCCACGUACCGCGAACAGUUCGUGCCGCCGCUGUGCAGUAUAUUGACUUAUUUGCUUACCAAGCCGUCAGCGGAGCAAGACCCGGAGAACUACGACUACGAUUCAGCGGAGUCUGGCGGCGAAGAUGCAGAGGAGAGCGGCAGCGACGCCGACGACGACGACAUAUUCGAUACCAACCCUACAAAGAAAGAGAAACGCAAGUUCGUAAACCUGGAGCAUUCGGACCCUGACUCAUAUUCGUGGUUCGUGAUGCGAGUAGCUGUACUCCGGUUAGCGCAGCACAAGUUGCAGCAUUUCUUACAGCUCUGCGGCAUCGAGAUGUCCGAACUGGCAACGACGAGCCCAACAGUACAUGGAGCAUUGAGACGCGUGGAUCAAUGGCAGCAGCAGCUGUAUGAAACUCUGGAGGCCCGCGCUCCGCCCCCCGACUACAUCGCCGGCUGCUUCCCCGACCAGCAGACGCAGGGCCCGCCCAUCAACAAGUACAAAUGCCUGCUGGAGAAGCAUAAUACGCCGUUCAACUCGUGUCUAUACAGCGCAGCGCCCGCCCGCCGGCUGUGGAGUUACCUCGUGCGCCAGGAAGCUGUUCAGGAGCUGUUCAUCCGCGCGGUGUUCUCCCGCAAGCGCGCGGGCGCGGGCGCGGGCGCGGGCGCGAGCGAGCCGCGCGCGGACGCGGGUGCGCGCGCGCGCGGCGACGAGCUGCGCAGUCCCGUGCGCAUCAUACACAAGGAGCAGGACUCCAUCGCCGCCUUCUGUCUCAACCGGGUGGGCGGCGGUUUACUAGCAGUGGCGACCGCCAGAGAAGUCCAAGAGAUGGACGUGUCUCUGUUACUCCGCGGUGGGGUCAGCUGGUCCGAGGACGAGUGCGACGUGGACCUCAUGGGGCUCACCACCGACCCCACCACCUUGCCCGACACCGGCUUCCUCAUCAUACAGCACCAGGACAAGCCCAGCAAUGGUUCCGUCCCAGGGACCGGUAACAGUUCUCCGCUGAACCCCAACGCUCCGCAAAUACCAGUUGGCAUGGCGAGCCAAACUGGCCGCGGCGCUAGUGUCGUGAAGGGCCUGCAGUUCCCGGGUUGCCACGACCCGAAAUACUGUCGCCUGGUGCUGCACCGCUCGAAGCUUCUCAUGAAACCGGUACUGAAGCACAAAAUCGACAAUAUAAAACGAAUGGCAGCACAUCCUUCUCAACCAUUAUAUUUGACGGGUGGCGCUGAUGGUUCCGUGCAACUUUGGGAAUGGGGUCACGGGUCGUGCGUGUGGUCUCCUCGCGCGCCCGGUGCGUUCGCCAAAGUGACGCGCGUGCGCUUCUCCGACUACGGCAACAAGUUCGCGGCGGCCGACGCGGACGGCAACCUGGCCAUGUGGCAGCUGCACCCCGCGGCGCACGCGCAGCUCGCGCAGGUCGGCGGCCAGCCGCACGCCUCACCGCGACCCUUCUUUACGCACCAGUGUCACAGCAAAGGAAUUAGUGAUUUUGUUUUCCUUGGGUCGUGCAGUUUAGUGGCUACAGCGGGUCACAGUUCGGAGAGUAAAAAUGUUGCCAUAUGGGAUACGUUGAUGCCGAUUAAGAAGGCAUUGGUGGUUUCGUGGACAUGCCACGAGGGCGGCGCGUCGUGCGUGUCGUGGGCGGGCGGCGCGGGCGCGCUGCUGUCGUGCGGGCGGCGCGGCGACGUGCUGGUGUGGGACCUGCGCGCGCGCGCGCCGCGACACAAGCUGCACGCGCACCACGCGCCCAUCAAGUGCGUCGCGCUCUCGCCCAAGGAGGACCUGUACGCGAUCGGCGCCGCCGACGGGGACAUCAAGGUGUUCUCGAUGUCAACUCACCAAUUGCUUCACACGUUCGCCGGAGAACAUGCGAGAAGUUCCUUCUUCAAGCAUAUCGGCCAGGGUGUUACACAAAUACACAUCGAUAGCGGCGGACGAUUAUUCUCAUGCGGUGCGGACGGCACGAUGAAGGUGCGCAAGUUGCCGGAACGCGACCAGCCCGCUCUGCACCAGCCGCAAUACUAAACUAUAAUACCAAAAAUAUUCAUAUCGAUACCCUCUCCCCACCACAACACCGCUUUCGCAGCUUUAUCAUUCUGGCUGGUUAUAAAUAUUUUCUUUAAAACUUUUGAAAAUUUUUCCCGCUUUUGUUUUGUUUCAAAAUCUAACAUCUGAAAUCGACGAAUCCUGAGUUUGAUGAAGUCUACAAAAGUGUCUUAUUAUGAGUUGUAAAAACAUAGCCUGCUAUAAUAUAAAUAGAAUCUUAUAUAGUAAAUUAGAAUGAUAGCUGUAGGGGAUGGGUACAAACGUGGUCGUUAAUGUAGAAGGCCGGAGUCAGUGCUCCGACCGACCUUAUGUCCCUUGUGAUGUAUUUAUCAUUGUUGCUAUUCAAAUGUUACGAGUAUGAUUAUACGCCGUUAGACUAGUCAAUGGGUAGGCGAUGUUGUAUCUUAUAUUGUAUUUAAAACGUUAAUGAAUCUUUAGUUAUUUUUAUAGUGUGAAAUAUUCGCUAUUUUUAUCUUAACUCUUAGUAGAUGAUAAUAAAUAAUUAUUUAUUCGCACUUGCUGUUAGACAAUCAUCGGCAGUGGCCGGCCUAAAUAAAAUGAUAUGUAUACAGACGGUGUAGUAGAUGAUAUUCUAGUGUAACUACGUACGAAGUGGAGUGUAUUUAGUAUUGAUGAAGUGCAAUAACUCUAACACGAUCGCUAACUUAUGAAUCCGACUGCAGACGACGUCGCGCCUUUACCUAGUUUAACAUUUGAAAUGUUUAGCUUACGACGAGAGUUAAUAAUUAUAGUAUCUUGUUGACGCAUAAUAAAUAAUUUAUCGAACAUUCUAUGUAUACCUUGUGUAAAUCUUGUUGGCUUACGUGUAUAAUGUUUAAUCACAAUAACUUCUCGUCUUAUAUCUGCAUGUUAAUAAAUAUAAUCGAAAUCGCACACGUCGUUCUACUAGAUCUAAGUAAUUUAUAUUAUUGUGAUGUAUUCGAGAUUAUUAUUGAGUUUCAGAAGCCUAUGAGCAUUAUCUUGAGCAAUAAUGUUGUUUAUUGUAAAGUUCAGUUGCUAGCAGUAUUAUGUACACGAUUGAAUUCGUUAGUCCACGAUCAUAUUCAAAGUUAUAAUUAUUGUAGGACUCAGAUUAAUUAAUGUGCUUGUGAUAAAAUUGAUGGCAACAUAACUUGCCAUUAUAUUCCAAUAACUAAAUUAUGUUACUUUAUUCGGUAUUUUUCUAGUAAUAUUGUUCUAGCACUCCUGCACCUGUAUUAUUUGCAUCGUUUAUUAUUAACUCGUUACUAUAAAUUAUAAACUAAGUUUCAAUCACUGUGGCUUAUUAAUAUGCAAUAUACUAGCAUAAAAUUAACCUGUAUUUUAAUUAUUUCGCCCAUAGCACAGUACCUAAUAUCGACCGUAUGUGUGAGGGUGGUAGAUAUUAUAUUAUGUUAAUGUUUGUUAUAGAGGAACUAGUAGUACUACUACUAGUAUAGCACUCAAAUAAAAUUAUAUCAAUGCUACUAUUACAUUAUAUUUUUCAUUCAUCGAGCAUUACACUUUACACUAUGCAUGUAAAUAAAUGUGUAUUUUCAAAAGACAUUGGUUUCGUUGUUUUGGUUUGACUAUAUGUAUUGUUAAGUUAAUGUUGUUUUAAAUCACUAAAGUUAUAGUUUCCUAUAUGGAAUCUACGUAAUACGAAAUGACGUAACGUUACCAAAACAUUUGGGCUUUAUAAGUAAAAUUCGCAUCAUUUGACAAAAACAUGGAAAUCACAUGUGAAUCUGCCAUUUGCUAAAAAAGUUCCACAUUUUUCCACUUUAUCUCGCAAGAAACUUGCACUUAAAAGGGUUUAGCUUCAAUUCUUAAGAAAUAUACGUUUAUUUAUUAUAUUACAGAACAUUUAUUAUAUUGUAUGUAUUUGAGAGAUUUUCUUUUUCUGUUGCCAAUUUGGUAUUCAAGGUGUAGUUUUAAAAAUAUAUCACGUUUUUGUAAUAAUUUAUUUUUCUUGAGUUUAUUAUAAUUAAUACACGGAGUAUAGUAGAACAACAAUAUGCUAAUGUAUAGUAGAACAACAAAAUGCACACUGCACAUGUUAUCAUAAUUCAAUUGUCCAUAAUGUUUAUAUUAAAUGCUUAUUUUGUUUUAUUUAUGGAGGAAAGAUUUAAAAUAAAGGUUAACACAGUAAUAAA